AUGCAGCUUCUGAGCGUGCGGCGCCUAACAAACGCCACCGACUGCCGGCGCGGUGCUCUGGAUCCCAGUGGAGCACAGGGGCGGCGCCUGCCUGCCCUUCGCGGUUGGAUCCGGCCGGCCUGGCCUACGCGCAUGCGCACUCCGUUGGAUCAAGAGGCCAGCAACGUCUCCGAGCUCGAGCGGGGCGGCCAGCUUUGGCAACUGCUACGACGCGGCGCCGCGAAUCGCAGUCCGGACCAGGUUGAAG